CGUAAUUGGCGGUACUGGAGAAUAAAUAGCAAAUUUGCUAAGUAACUGUUUAAUUUUCUGCCAGUUAUUUGUAAUUUUUUAAUUAAAACAACAUUCAAAAGCAUAAGUAAAAAGUAGAAUUGUUCUAAAAUGAAUCAAGAAAUGUGCAUUUUCAUUCUGGUUUUACUUGUAUGUUUACAAAUUGUAAAUUGUCACGACGAAGAUGCACACACAAUACAGUACAAUUCGGAUAUUUUUUCAAGCGAAGUACCCAAGAAUAAUCAUUUUAUAAUGUUUUAUGCCCCAUGGUGCGGCCAUUGUCAAAGGUUAGGACCGACAUGGGAACAAUUAGCCGAAAUGUUGAAUGAAGAUGAUAGCAACAUAAGGAUAGCAAAAGUAGAUUGUACAACUGAUAGUAAAAUAUGUUCUGAGCAAGAUAUCACUGGGUACCCUACACUUAAGUUCUUCAAGCGAGGAUCCUUGGAAAGUGUCAAGUUCAGAGGUACAAGAGACUUACCAUCUCUUACAACAUUUAUAAAUGAACAACUACGUUCUAUAGAUGAAACGAAAAAUGUACCUGUUGAAGUCCCUAGUACUUCAGAUGGUUUGGUGGAGUUAACAGCAGAAAACUUUGAGAAGCAUGUUAGUCAGGGAAAGCACUUUGUUAAAUUUUAUGCUCCAUGGUGUGGCUUUUGUCAGAGAUUGGCCCCUACAUGGGAGCAACUGGCCAGUAAGUGGAAAUUUGAUGGAGGUGUCACUGUAGCUAAGGUAGACUGCAGUCAAUACAGGACAUUCUGUGAUCAAUAUGAAAUUAAAGGAUAUCCAACUCUUCUUUGGAUUGAAAAUGGUGAAAAGAUUGAUAGAUACCAGGGUCAAAGGACUUUGGAAAGUCUUGAGGAAUAUAUAAACAAAAUGUUGGGUACAACUACAGAAAAAAUUCCAGAAUUCAAGAAUGAAAGUAAUGAGGAGGUGGAGAGCCCUGUCAUUAUUUUAAAUAAGGAUAAUUUUAAAAAGGAUAUAGAAAAAGGAAUUACUUUGGUUAAAUUUUUUGCUCCUUGGUGUGGUCACUGCAAGAGACUGGCACCCACCUGGGAAGAAUUAGCUAAAAGAUUUUCAGAUAGCAAACAAGCUAGGAUUGCUAAAGUUGAUUGCACAGUAGAUGCCAAUAAGCCCUUGUGCAGUGAGGAGGAGGUGGAUGGAUUUCCAACGAUAUUUAUGUAUAAGAACGGGGCUAAAGUAACCGAAUAUGACGGAGACAGAAGUCUGGAUGAUCUCCAGGAGUUUGUGAACAAACACCUGGACAAACACGACGAGUUGUAGGACAAUUAACCGAGAAAAUUAAAUAUUAGUUAAUGAAGGUACUUCUUUGCAAUUUUUUAAUUUGCAUUCCUUUGUGACAUCGAGGCUGAAAAGUGUGAGAUUGUUUAUCGGAGAGUUUUGUAUUUUCUUUGAUUUGGUAUAUUGCUUUUCAUUUUUUUUUGUGUCAUUAAAUGUGCUAUGAAUUUACUUAAUAAGAAACUUAUUCAAAAACUAGUUACGUGUUCAAAAAGCACUUAAAAUUAUUUGUGAUUGUUUUUACAUGUUUUGUUUAAUAAAUAAAACUCCAAUUUUAUUUUA